UUGCUAGACGGGGAGCACAAAAAGUUUUUUGACCGCAACGUGCCGCAACGCCAGGACGCUGGCAAGGUGUAAAUGGGAAUUAAUUACGUUUUAUGGUUUUGAUGGACACUGUAUUGGAUCUUGUAUGUUGACACGGUUGGAGAAAGGACGAUGAACAAUAAAACAUUCGUAAAUUGCAACCUGAAGACGUCAGGAUCUUAUUUCCACAAGACACACGAGCAAGAGCGCGUCAACUAUAUUUAAGCCCGUCUAGGCAGCCCCUCAGUGGCUUUAAGUGUGAGGCUUGGCCGCUAUAUUCAAGUCAAAAAACUGUGUUAAAGGACGCUGGAGGAGCUUCAUCACAGCGGCGAUAUAUGUCGGCAGUUUCAGCUGAGUGGACGCUGUAAACGGACAUUCAAUCACCGGAGUUCAGCUGCUACAUCCAGCUACUGCUAUCGGCUACAGGACGCCACGGAUUGCUUCCAGCUCGGCGGAGAAUCAGCACGUUUCUUCCCUCGGAUCAAAUCCCUUCCACCAGUGUGAGGACAACAGGAGCAGCUCUCCAAACGCCGGCGGAGGAUUCGUUCACCAGGAUCAUUCAUGGCGCCCAACGUGAGAUAUAAUAAAAUGUAUGCAGCUUCAGUUCAUUUUCUUUGUUGAGUUCAUUGCAAGAUAACACAUCACGCCAUUCUGGGGACGGUGUUGGUGGUUUAAGUGGAGAAAAACAGCUCACCACAAAGCAGCUUCAUCUGUGUAACUCUCCAAAACCACAGAGGCUAUGGACAAAGACAGAAAGAUGAUGAUAAUGGGCCUGCUUCUGGCAGUGAUCAGCAGCCCAGUGUUGACUGAAGAUUGGAAGGCCAAGGUCAUAAAGAGUCUUGAGGCUCUGGUCUCAUCCUGUGUUGUGGUUCCCUGUUCGUUCACCCAUCCUGAAGGAAACCUGCCCACCUCCAAACUCAGAGGGAUCUGGCAUAUUUCAAGCAAUAGAGAUCAGCGCAUCUAUUAUGACGACAGCACGACUGUCAUAGAAAGUUUUAGGGGGCGCACAAAGUUGUUGGGGCAUCUGGGUGAAGGAAACUGCACCUUAGAAAUCACUGACGUCAGAGAUCAUGACAACGGACCUUUCUGUUUCCGGAUUGAACUAGCACCAGUAGCGGGCAGUACACUUGAGAAGUUCUCCUUCGUUGAGGAUUGUGUUGAAUUGAAAAUGCUACCUGAUCCUCCAAAGCCCACACUGACCCACUCAAAGACAGCCUUCCAAGGACUUCCCUUCGCUGUCACUUGCACAGUGUUCCACACCUGCCCCUCCCAUGACCCCAAACUCACAUGGAGCAGGGGCACAGCAGAGGGGAUCACUGAGGCCCGUAGACGAAGUCACUCAGGCAUCUGGGAGGUUCAGUCCAUCCUCACAUUCAUCGCUGAGGAGAAGGAUGACGACACUGAGCUUACCUGCACAUCCACUUUUAAUGGAGGGAGGACAUCAUCUGAAGUGCUCACACUUAACGUUAAACGUAAAGAAAACUACAACCACAUCAUCAUUCCCGUGGUGGUGGCUGUUGGUACCGCUGUGAUCUUUGCAGUCUUUUGCAUAUUAAUGGCGAAAAAAUACAAGACACGCAUUGCAGAGCUCCAAAAUCAGGAAGGAAGCAUGUGGAACCGUCUCUCCAGACUGUCUCGCAGGGGCAGACGGGCCGAGAGUGAAGAUGGGAAGUAAAAAAAGAAACUUCACUGAAAUAAGUGUGAUCAAACCGUUCUCUUGAUUAGUUGUUUAACCAACAUUAACUCCAAAUAGCAUCCCCAAAACAUAGAACAAUAUGAUUAUCAAAUGCCUAUCCCACCAACCCCAAUUCUACCUGGUCUUCACAUGUAAUCUGGAUUUUUUGUUCAAAGGAAGUUUCUGCAUUGUGAAAUCAUUCUCUCUCUUUCUAUCCAGGGUAAGUUCUUUGCGGGGGAAAAAGCUUGCAGUUGUUGUAGAAGUUAUCUGUAUUUUUUGGGAACAGGUGCAAAAUCUGUUUCCAACAUUUUUUUUCCUCACAGAGGGAGGACAUGUCUGCAGCUUUUGUCAGGCUUACUUCUGCCUGGCAGAGAAAGAUUGAAUCAGAUGUCUCUGCCACUGCCUUUUUUUUUUUUUUGUUGUGAAGAACGUGGUCAGCUUGCAUUUACUCCUGAGAUCUGAUCACAAUGCAAGUAAUUUGGGCUCUGAUUGCAAUGCCCUGUGCAUUCAUUUUUCACUUCCAAUUGAGGACUUUUCUAAGCAAAUGCAUUUCACAUGUUCAAGUGUUAAAGGCAUGUUUCCCCCUUCUACUGAGAAGACAUGUCUAGCAAUAAUUUCCCCCAAAGUUAUUUUUUCAGAAAUACUCUUUUAAAGUCAAAGAUGAAGGAUCUAAUCUGACCACAUAAACUAUCUUGCGCUCUCAGAUACUAAAGAAGUAUACUGUUUAUAACUGCCUGGAGGUUUCACAUCCUUAUUUGGUUAAUUUUAACUUUUUAUUUUGUUGUUGCUUGAAUUUAACCCAGAGGGAAAUCAGUUGUUUUAGGCUCUUUUAAGUAUUUUUGUUUCAUAUGCUUGCUUUCAUGUAAGUCAGCUUUUAAGAUACACAUUAGCGAAAUAGAACAAAAUUGUAUACAUUCAAAAACAUGAUACACAUUUCUGUUAACAAAGAUUUAGCUGUCUUAAAAGUUUUGUACUGUCAUCUCAUUAAAAAUCAAUCAUUUACUAAUUAUACAUCCUUCAAACUGACUUUGGAUUUUUUAUUGAAAAGCAAUUUUGUAUUAUGAGUAUACAUGUUUUUAUAUCUAUUUACUGACUUGUGAUAUCAGACGCACUGUGAUGGUUUUCUUACAUGAUCAUUAAAGCCUAUGCUGACCUAA